GACCCUGCUUCUGCAGGUUCCAGACGGGCCAUCCUCAGUGGUCAUCGGUGGUGUGGACGUAAUGACAGUGGGAAUCCUGUAUCCUUUCCGGUGCUCUGCAAGCUGCAACCCCAGCUGCCAGUUCUCCUGGACCUGGGGUAACAUGACCUCUGAGGGGUCAGAGCUGAACCUGCGGAUACUGCACGAAGAUCUAUCUCUGAACUUGACGUGUACAGCAGUCAAUCCUGCGACAGGACAAUCAGUCUCUGUCCAAAAGGUGCUGCAAGUGACAGACGGCCCGUCCUCAGUGGUGAUCGGAGGGGUUGACGUAGUGACUCUAGGAAUACUGUACGGUUUUCAGUGCUCGGCCAGUUGUUACCCUGCAUGUAACUUCACCUGGACCUGGGGGAAUGUGACCUCUCAGGGCCCAGAGCUGAGCCUGAAGCUUACGCAACUACAGGCAGCACAAAACCUUACUUGCACAGCUGUCAGUCUUGAUACAGGAAGAUCAGUCACUGCACACAAGAUGCUGCAGGUGGCAGCUGGACCUUCAAACAUACAGAUCAGCGGCCCAGAAUUUCUCCCUGCAGGAGUCGCGUCCAACUUCACCUGCUCGGCUGAGUGCUACCCGUCCUGCAACUAUACAUGGAGCACUGUCUCUGAAGGCUUACCAAUCAAUCUUGCACAAGGAAACUCAGUUUCCAUCAUUCCACUUCCUGGUACUGUCUCUGCUCCUCUCACCUGCAAAGCUGAGGACACCCUCUCACAUCUUUACAUCUCCACGACCCUGCUUCUGCAGGUUCCAGACGGGCCAUCCUCAGUGGUCAUCGGUGGUGUGGACGUAAUGACAGUGGGAAUCCUGUAUCCUUUCCGGUGCUCUGCAAGCUGCAACCCCAGCUGCCAGUUCUCCUGGACCUGGGGUAACAUGACCUCUGAGGGGUCAGAGCUGAACCUGCGGAUACUGCACGAAGAUCUAUCUCUGAACUUGACGUGUACAGCAGUCAAUCCUGCGACAGGACAAUCAGUCUCUGUCCAAAAGGUGCUGCAAGUGACAGACGGCCCGUCCUCAGUGGUGAUCGGAGGGGUUGACGUAGUGACUCUAGGAAUACUGUACGGUUUUCAGUGCUCGGCCAGUUGUUACCCUGCAUGUAACUUCACCUGGACCUGGGGGAAUGUGACCUCUCAGGGCCCAGAGCUGAGCCUGAAGCUUACGCAACUACAGGCAGCACAAAACCUUACUUGCACAGCUGUCAGUCUUGAUACAGGAAGAUCAGUCACUGCACACAAGAUGCUGCAGGUGGCAGCUGGACCUUCAAACAUACAGAUCAGCGGCCCAGAAUUUCUCCCUCCAGGAGUCGUGUCCAACUUCACCUGCUCGGCUGAGUGCUACCCGUCCUGUAACUAUACAUGGAGCACUGUCUCUGAAGGCACAGUGUUCAGUAUUCCACAAGAAAACUCAGUUUCCAUCAUUCCAUUUCCCGGUACUCUCUCUGCGUCUCUCACCUGCAAAGCUCAGGACACCCUCUCACAUCUUUACAUCUCCACGACCCUGCCUCUGUGGGUGGCAUGGCCGGAUGGCAGCUCGGCCACUCAUCCUGAACAAACUUCAGCUGUGCUGCUGCUGGCCUUCAUCAUUUCUGCUGCCUUGACACUGUGAUCGCACGCAGACAGAGCCGUACUGGUGUGGAGACACUGGAAGAACUGUGCCCAGUGAAAACUUGCUUCUCAUGGUCUGAUCUGCACAUGCUUCAGUGACAUGUGUACUGUACGUGCAUAUUUACCUGUUCUUCACUUGUAACAUAAAGUGUUUACUUGCCUUUCAAUUACAAUCCAUGCCAAGUCAUGCUGCAGCUACUGUUACUUUGAAUAAAAUUCAACAGCUCAUUUUCUAAUAUUUAUCACACAUUUGGGGAGUCGCAUCAAAUGAAGUAAAGCUAAGUCCAAACAAAGUACAAAAUACA